UGACCUAAUAAGCGGCAUCCAGGCUAUCUCUGUAAUUUUCCUUUCUGAAACUAUCACGCAUUUAAUGAUGAGACUGUUGAACUGCAUCGCCGAGGAUAUGUCCAACAACUCUGUCAUCUUCAUCUAGCGGCAGGUUCCCCUUACAAUUAUGGAGGCUUGAAGGAGGUGUGUGGUUGGGCUGAGGGGAACGUCCCCGUCAGCUGAGAAGGAUUGUGAUCGAUCGGAUGGACAUUUCAAGGGGUUGUGGUGCACAGUGUUGCCUUUUUCAUGUACAAAGUGUAGAUUAUAUAUAUAUAUUUUUGAAAUAGCAUAUUUGUACAAAUUGUAAAAAGAAAAUAAUUUCAGAGAUUUAUAUUUAUACAAAGUGUAAUUAUUAUUUUAUUGAUAAGUUAUCUUGUGCCAUUGGGCUGUGGUGAGUGCGUAACUGUCAUGGUGGACUGACAGGUGUGCUUCAGUGCCCAGGGGUCGCUAGGGUGCUGUGGAAUCCCAACACAAGCACAAUUCUAGCGCCCCGAAAAACCACACGAAACGAAAAAGAGCGCACAAUUAUCCUUUUGCUUUUGAGAGUAAGCCUACACUUUCUUUCUUUGCUUCCUUUUUUACGUUUUGCUUCGCUGCUUUUCUAAACUUUUUGUCAUAGCCCGAGGCUCCACAGAAUACUAAUAGGUGAUCAUAGAGACCAGUGUGGGGAUUCAGGGGUUAAGAGGGUUGACACAUUUCUCACAAGUAAGGUGGGUUGGUGAUUAAAUAGUGAAAGGUGGUGGUGGCGUAGUCGUGUGUCCUGUGUCGCCAUGAGUAUUGUCGCCAUGACGCCCGACUGCACCCCGAAGUGCCGCUCGGCGCAGCACGCGGACGAGGUGGUGGCUGCCAUGACGGUGGGUGGCGGCUCGGACGGGGGAGUUGAGGGCCGGCUCUGCGCCUUCUUGACGGCGCACUGCCACAACGCCGCCACGCUGAGCGACGGCUUUGGCCGCACGGCGCUGCACCUGGCCGCCUCGCUGGGCCGGCGCGGCCUGCUGGAGUGGCUGCUGGAGAGCAAGAGCGCCGACCUGCUGGCCAAAGACAAGGAGUCCGGAUGGACCGCCAUGCACCGCAGCGCCUUCUACGGACACAUUCACUGCCUCAUGGCCCUCGUCAAGCAUGGCGGAUCACUCACCCUCCAGGACAAAGAGGGUCUUUCUACCCUGGACUUGACCAUGAAGGAUCGGCCCGCUCACGUCGUCUUCAGAAACACAGAUCCCACGGAGGUGUACACCUGGGGCAACAACGCCAACUUCACCCUGGGGCACGGCAACCACGAGAGCAGGCACCACCCGGAGAUCCUGGACCUGUUUGCAAGGACUGGGGUCUAUGUCAAACAGGUGGUGCUGUGCAAGUUCCACUCAGUGUUCCUGUCUCAGACGGGUAAGGUGUUCACCUGUGGCCACGGCCAGGGAGGACGCCUGGGGCACGGCGACGAGCAAACCUACCUGGUGCCGCGGAUGGUGGAGGGCCUGCUGGGCGUGUACGUGUGCCAGGUGGCGGCGGCGCGUGACCACACGGCCGUGUUGUCGGAGGACGGCAGUGUCUACUCCUUCGGCCUCAACCGCUUCCACCAGCUGGGCCUCAACCCACCGCCCACCUCCAGCCUCGUGCCCAAACACGUGUCCUGUAAGGCUCUGAAGGGGAGGCAUGUGAUCGGCAUUGCUGCCGGAAGGUUCCACACGGCCAUGUGGACCCAUGACGCUGUCUACACCGUGGGACUCAACGGAGGACAGCUCGGCUACCUGCUGGAUCCCAACGGUGAGAAGUGUGUGACGGCUCCGCGACAGGUGUCGGCACUGCACCAUAAGGAGAUCAGCAUCUCCAUGGUGGCGGCCAGUAACGGGGCCACGGUGUGCGUGACGGUGAAGGGCGACGUCUACCUGCUGGCCGACUACCAGUGCAAGAAGCUGGCCUCCAGGCAAUUGAACAUAAGGAAGAUUCUGGUUACGGGCGGCAGUCUGGAUCACCGUGUGGACCCCCAGGUCCUGAAUGAGAAUGUGGGGGAGAAGGUGGCUAUCCUGGCCCUGGAUGAAGCUGGCCGAGUGUUCUGCUGGCGCUCUGUGGGCGGGGCUCUAAGGCAGUGCAGGUGGGCGUACGGCCGCCAAGUGUUCAUGUCUGACAUUGCCCUCAACAAGAGCAACAUGAUGUUCGUCACGCAGGAGGGAGAGGCCUUCAGCGGCCAGUGGCUAGGGGAGUACAAGAAGAUCUCAGACAAGAAAGACCCAGCUUGUGUGGAGGUGUGUGGCCACUCGGAAGCGGGGGGAGGGGUGUACGAGCGCAUCCGUCUGGAGAAGCUGCCCUAUGUGCACCGCGCCGUCAGCAUCACCACCGACUCCAAGGGACGCAACUUCGGCGUGCUGCAGUCCGACCCCAAGACCAGUCUGUACGAGGUCCCGAGCGUCUCCUCCUCCACCUUCUCGGAGCACCUGCGGCGCCUGCGCUCCGAGGCGGACGAGACGGACAGCAUCCACGACGUCACGCUGCAGGCCGGCGACCGCACCUUCCCCGCGCACAAGUACGUCCUGUCCACGCGCUCCGACUUCUUCCGGAAGCUGCUCUACCGCGAGGAGGGACAGGGGGACAACGGCGAGGGCGGCAACGGCGUCGACUGGGACGAGGAAGAGGAGGUGUGCCGCAGUGAAGACGCGUCCGGCUGCGACCUGCUCAUCCUGGAGAAGGUUCCCCCCGAGCUCCUGGAGCAGGCGCUGCAGUUCAUCUACGCCGACAGCUGUGAGAUGCUGACGCACGGCUCCAGACCCAGCGUGCCGCGCCCUGGCGCCCUGCUGAAGGCCAAGAUGGACGCCAAGCAGCAGCAGCAGGAGCAGCUCAUCCACAGCCUGCAGGAGCUGGGCCUGGGGGACAGCCUGCGCGGACGCUCGGCCCUGGAGGUCUACCGCUCGCUACCGCCCCCCGUCCACACGGAGGGAGAUUACAACAACAAGGAUGCCAAUAAGGAGAAGGCCAACUCCACCAACAAGGGGAAGGGCAACAAGGCGGGCAAGAAGGGGGGAGGGAAGGGCAACAGAGGGGGUGAUGGUGGUGGUGGUGGAGGAGGUAGUACCGGUACGAACCCAGUGAAGAUGCUGCAGGCGCUGGCCAAGAGACUGGGCCUGGGGAGCCUCUCGAGCAGGUUGGAAGGGGUGAAGUUUGAGAACGGCACAGUCACCGUGGCAACCAAGAAGACGGGCAGCAGACCAAAAUUCAACCAGAGGAAGGGCACCUACCUGUGUGAUGUCACACUCCGAGCUGAGGACGGGAAGGAAUUCCCGUGUCACAAGUGCGUCCUGUGUGCCCGCCUGGAAUACUUCAACCGUAUGCUGGGCAACCCCUGGAUUGAGGCCACCAGCUGUACUGCGCUAGAUAUGCCCACCAGCUCUGAGGUGCUGCAGGUGAUCCUGGAGUAUGUCUACACAGACGACUCCCCAACCGUCAAAGAGUCCCAGAAGGUGGAGUUUGUGUGUAACGUCCUAGUGGUUGCUGACCAGCUGCUCAUCUCGCGGCUGAAGGAGAUGUGUGAGGUGGCCGUUACUGAGAACCUGACCCUGAAGAAUGCUGCAGAGUUGCUUGAGUUUGCCUCCAUGUAUAAUGCGGACCAGCUCAAGCUCUCCUGCCAGCAGUUCAUCGUGCUCAACAUGGCUGCCCUGCUAGAGUCCAGAGCGUUGGAUGUUCUGAGUGAGGAUGUUCUAGUGGAGCUCUCUGCAGCCUACAGAAGAAUGAUUCCAGCCAUGCAGAAGCGUCUGAUCACUCCCUACCCCAAUGCCCCGGACCUGAGCGCCUACGAGGACAAAGACCUCCUCUCCUGCCUGGACACCAGCAACCAGACCAACCACACCUCUACCAAUGAGCUGCUCCUGAAGAAGGCAAAGCUCAAAGCCAAGCGGAAACCACGACGACGUCUCGACAGCUCCGGAGGAUACAACCUGUCCGAUGUCAUCCAGAGUCCGCCCCCUUCAGGGGACAAGUGCUUGAGUUCGGGGGUGUUCUUUGGGGAAGUUGUGAGGGAUGGUGGCCCCCCAGCGAAGGCCAACUCUGUGGAGUCUCUUCACGAGGUGAUCACUUCCGACUCCGAGGGCAGCUACAUGGGGGUGGGCAGCCCACGAGACCUGCAGUCCCCCAUCCCCCUCCACCGCCAGGACACACAGGAGGAGAGAUCUGCUCCCCCUUGGAUGAGGACGCCCCCUAGCACCCCGAACCUGAGGAACGAGAGCUCCGCCCUGGCUGUCAGCUCCGCCCCUGAGCCCAUACCUGUGGUCAAAGCCAGUCCCAGUCCCAGUGCUGUCCCCCAGACCCCGCCGGUGGUGGAUCUCCGGAUCAUUAUGGAGAUGGAGGCCAACUCCAUGAGCCAAGGAGGAGCCCCCCCCAAAAGCCCUGGCUCAUGGGGCAGUGUCAGCAAGGCGUCCCCUCUCCCGACCAAGCUGUCCCAGAAGCAGAGGAAGAUGAUGAUGGCCAUGGCGGGGGCACAGGGUCCAGGCCAGGAGAAGGCAGCCGCCGCCGCUAACACCCGAACCCCCUCCGCACCCCCCAUCGUCACCCCCACCAAGCCGGCCAAAGCCUGGGCCACGGCUGUGCAGUCUCCGCCGGCACUGCGCUCAUUCCGGGACGUCCUAGAGGAGGAGGAGAAGCGAGUGAGGAGCCCCCCCUCUGCCUCCGCCUCGGCCUCCCCCGCCUCCUCCUUCUUGGCCCUAGGGGCUGCUGGGAGCCCGGUCGGGGCGGCGGCGGCGGUGGCAGCAGCUGCGUCAUCAUCAUCAGCAGCAUCAGCAGCCGCGGCAGCGGUGGUGACCACAGGAGCCAGGAGGGUGACCUUCAAACGCUCAGACAGCAACGACGCCGAGAAACCUGCAGGCAGGCCGUGGGUGUUGGGGGGCGUGGGCAGCCCUCCUGGCGGAGCAGCAGUGACCUUCGCCACCAUCCUGGAGGAGGAGAGACGACAGGAGGCUGCGCUCAUACGCAGCCGGGAGAAACCACUGGCACUAAUACAGAUAGAGGAGAGGGCCAUUCAAGACCUGUUGCUUCACUACCGCGCGGCCAACAACCCUGAGGAGAUGAUCGUGGUGGAGAGAACCGCCCAGGGCCCUAUAGCCACCCCCACCUGGAACAAGAACACCGGCGCACGCUGAUCACACACACACACACACACACACACACACCUGGAACAAGAACACCGGCGCACGCUGAUCACACACACACACACACACACACACACACACACACACA